GCAAACGGCUAAAUAUUGCGAGGGUCGACUUUUCCAUUACCUUUCGAUCCCCCAACCGGUCUAAAGACUUUUUUUUUUUACUAUUGUUGUUGAUGCACUAAUCAAAGACUUUCUUGCUGGAAGAAAAUUCCUACUUUCAUCGGGUCGCAGAAAAACCUGCAACCCUUCUCUUCUCCCUUUUAAUUUUUCUUCUCACAGCAGCAAAGGAAGAGAAGGGGGCUUCGAACUUGGAGAUUUUGGCUCCAGAAGAAGGGGGAAGAGAGAGAGAGAGAGAGAUGGACGAGAUAAUGAACAAGGUGGGGGGCUACUGGUUGAACAGGAGAGCCAACAAGGAGAUCUCCUCCGUUGGUGAUGACAUCAACUCACUUUCCAGCAGCAUUGAAGGAGGAGCAAAGUGGUUGGUCAAUAAACUCAAAGGAAAGAUGCAGAAACCCCUGCCUGAUCUGCUGCUGGAAUAUGAUUUACCAAUAGGCCUCUUCCCUCGAGAUGCCACCAACUAUGAGUUCAAUGAAGAGACACGGAAGCUCACUGUGUUUGUACCUUCUGUAUGUGAGGUUGGUUACAGGGACUCCUCUGUCUUGCGUUUUUUCACCAGUGUGACUGGGUAUCUAGAGAAGGGAAAGCUGUCAGAUAUCGAGGGAAUGAAGACCAAAGUUUUGAUUUGGGCAAAAGUGACUUGUGUCGCAACUGAGGGAUCGAAGGUCCAUUUUACCACUGGGGUGAAGAAAACCAGGAGCAGAGGUGCAUACGAAGUCCUCAGAGAUGGUAUCAGCAUAGACAAGUUUUAGGUUGCUAUGGAAAUGGCAAGUAUGUCUGUUAUAUGAGCUAGGGUUUGUGACUGUUAAGUUUGUGAAUAUAGAACUCUUCUUUCUUAAACUUUGUACAAAUGGAUGUUUCUCACUCAGAAUGCAAUCAUACUUGUAGCAGAAUGUGUCAUUUGUUACUUACAGAAGUAUGAAUCUUGUGGUUCAACCUUUACA